AAAUAGAAAAACAUACAUUUACAGACACUCACUUCUGAAUACCUCAAGAACUGCAGUUAAAUAGACUACGGCAGCUUUAUUCAGUCAUUUUUACCUGGCUAAGAAUUAUUCGCGAGACUACUUAUCUCCAUCUCGUUAUCACAUAGAACCACAAGCUUCGACCUCAGUCCGUCUGUCUCCCACCAAUUGCUCCUGCACAACCAGCACCUGACUGCCGGCCUCCGUUAUCCUCCGCUCAAUCAUGGCAAAGGUCGACCACAAAGCCGUCUUGAUUGUCAUCGAUGGCUGGGGAAUUCCCUCAGAGACCUCUCCACCCGAUGGCGAUGCCAUCGCUGCCGCCGACACCCCCGUCAUGGACGGCUUCGCAAAAGAAGGCUCGACCACUGCACAAGGCUACACCGAGUUAGAGGCUUCUUCUCUUGCUGUCGGUCUGCCCGAAGGCCUGAUGGGAAAUUCAGAAGUGGGCCAUCUGAACAUCGGUGCUGGCAGGGUUGUCUGGCAAGACAGUGUUCGAAUUGGGCAGACCAUUAAGAAGGGCGAAAUGAAGAAUGUUCCCAGUGUCAAAAACUGUUUCCAACGUGCCGUUGAUGGUAACGGGAGACUUCACUUCCUCGGCCUCAUCAGCGAUGGUGGUGUCCACAGCCACAUCGACCACCUUUUUGCCCUCCUGCAGGUGGCCAAGGAAAGGAAGGUGCCCAAGAUCUUUAUCCAUUUCUUCGGCGAUGGCAGAGAUACCGACCCCAAGAGCGCUGCAGGCUACCUGCAACAGCUGCUGGACAAGCUUCAAGAGCUGGGCGUGGGUGAACUGGCCACGGUCGUUGGACGAUACUAUAUCAUGGAUCGAGACAAGAGAUGGGAUCGUGUCGAGAUCGGAAUGAAGGGCAUCAUCUUGGGCGAAGGAGAAGAUUCUACCGAUCCAGUAGCCACAAUCAAGGAACGCUACGACAAGGGAGAGAACGACGAAUUCCUCAAGCCCAUCAUCGUUGGUGGUGAAGACCGCCGGAUCAAGGACGGCGACACUUUGUUCUUCUUCAACUACCGUUCCGACCGUGUCAGAGAGAUCACCCAGCUUUUGGGCGACUAUGAUCGAUCUCCUAAGCCUGAUUUCCCUUAUCCAAAGGAUAUCCAGAUUACCACUAUGACUCAGUACAAGACCGACUACAAGUUCCCCAUUGCCUUCCCUCCCCAACACAUGGGUAAUGUGCUCGCUGAGUGGCUGAGCAAGAAGGGUGUCAAGCAAUGCCACGUCGCUGAGACCGAAAAGUAUGCGCACGUCACGUUCUUUUUCAACGGUGGAGUGGAAAAACAAUUCGACGGUGAAGAACGGGAGAUGAUUCCGAGUCCCAAGGUCGCCACCUAUGACCUGGACCCUCCAAUGAGUGCUCAAAAGGUUGCCGACAAACUCAGCGAAAGGAUAUCGGACAACAAGUUUGAGUUCUUGAUGAACAAUUUUGCCCCUCCGGACAUGGUCGGCCACACAGGUGUCUAUGAAGCGGCAAUUAAAGGUGUCACGGCCACGGAUGCCGCUAUUGGCUCUGUGUACGAGACCUGCAAAAAAGAAGGCUACGUUUUGUUCGUGACAGCAGACCACGGCAACGCCGAGGAGAUGCUGAACGAGGAAGGAAAGCCAAAGACAUCGCAUACUACCAACAAGGUGCCUUUCGUCAUGGCUAACGCACCCGAGGGCUGGAGUUUGAAGAAGCAGGACGGUGUGCUGGGAGAUGUCGCACCAACCGUCCUGGCGGCCAUGGGCAUAGAGCAACCGGAAGAAAUGGGCGGGACAAGUCUCUUGAUCAAGAAGUAAGUGGACCUUGAGUCGCGCAAAGGCAUAUUUUUAGCAAUAUCAGUACCGACCGCAAGGCCCAGCUUGCACCCUAGUUUUGAGCGUUGGCGUAUUGACGAAAUCUGAGCUGAUGAGAAAUGAUAUAGACGAAAGGCAAGCGAGUUGAAUGCAGAAGCCGAGGCAUAGAAUACUUCUCCUACUUCUCCUACUUCUCCCUAUUACCCUCCAUAUGUUCCAUCAGUGUGGGGCGACCAGAUGGUGACAUUGGAAAACAUUGACCGUCUUUCUUCUACACUCCAGAAGUUGCACAAUUACCAUGCUAGAACAGGACGUACAGGGUGAUGGGGAGUUUCCGUUGCACCUUGAAAGGUUCGUCGAAAUGAGCCAUAUAGGAGGCCAAUAGAUGGGUCGGCUAAAAUCCAGAUAAAUAGGUGGGAUGGUUUGCAUUAGCAGCACUGGAUAAGACAAAAAGGGUUUAUCGCAAGUCACCAUACUCCGUCCUAUACAGAGAUUCCGUGCAUAUUCCGCAUCCCUCAGUGAGGAUGCUGGAUGAUGCGCAUGGAAGACCGAAUGUGCAUUGUAACUUUCGAGGUUCAUUU